AUGGAGAAAUAUUUCAAAAGAACCUCAUCAUUGAAGAUUGGAUCCCAAAACAAUUCAUCGACCUCUUCUAAUAAAAGGAGGUUUUUAGAAUUUGAAGUAGAUAAUCUUAUAGCAGAUCCAGGACAACGACCAAAGAUUUCAAGUUAUCACCCGAAUGACAGAGACAAAGUUAGAUGUGCAUAUUUGCAAAAAGGUCCUUGUCAACCAAGGACUCACGAUUUUCCGCAAACUGCUUGUGGUUCUUCUUUUCGAAGAUUUAAUCCUAAUUGGUUUGAUGACUAUGGCAACUGCACCCUCAAUUCAAAAAGAUAUUGUAAGAGCUGCUGCAAGGAAACGACAAAAGUUAUUGUAGAUGAUCUUGGGGAUGAAUUAUUUGCUGUAUUGGUUAAUGAAGCCCGUGACAUUUCUAUUAAGGAGCAAAUGUCAGUUUGCUUAAGGUAUGUGAACAAAGAAGGACAAGUUAGGGAGCAUUUUCUUGGUCUUGUUCAUGUUUCUAAUACUAAUGCUUUAUCUCUAAAAUUAGCAUUGGAGUCAUUAUUAGAAACAUAUAAUUUAAGUUUAUCAAGAGUACGUGGACAAGGAUAUGAUGGUGCAAGUAACAUGCAAGGAGAAUUUAAUGGUUUGAAAACUUUGAUAUUGAAGGAAAAUUCUUAUGUUUUCUAUGUACAUUGCUUUGCUCACCAACUUCAGUUAGCUCUUGUAACGGUUGCAAAAAAACAAUUUGAAAUUGCUUUGCUUUUUAAUUUGUUAACUAAUUUGUGCAAUGUUGUUGGAGCUUCAUGUAAACGAAGAGAUAUGCUUCGUGAUAGUCAAAUGACUAAGACAAUUGAAGCACUAAAAAGUGGAGAAAUUUCUAGUGGGCGUGGUUUGAAUCAAGAAACAGCUUUAAAAAGAGAUGGAGACACUAGAUGGGGUUCACACUAUGGAACUAUACUUAGAUUAAUUUCUUUAUUUCCUUCUGUGGUUAAUGUUCUUGAAUAUGUUGAGGAAGAUGGAAAUAAUUCAGAACAAAGAGCUGAAGCAUGUCAUUUAUUGAAUGUCAUUCAAUCCUUUGAAUUCAUUUUCAACUUUCACUUGAUGAAAAAUAUCUUGGGAAUUACUAAUGAGUUAUCUCAAGCGUUACAAAGGAAUGAUCAAGACAUUGUAAAUGCUAUGGCAUUAGUCAAAGUGUCUAAGCAACGGUUGCAAAAUAUAAGAGAUGAUGGCUGGUCUCUUUUACUUGAUGAAGUCUCACUGUUUUGUGACAAACAUGGUAUUACUGUUCCAAUCAUGGAUGAUAUAUUUGUGUCACAAGGAAGAUCAAGACGCAAAGUUCAAAAGAUAUCAAAUUUGCAUCAUUUUCAAGUUGAGAUAUUCUAUCAACGCAUGAAUGAUGUUAUUGAGUUGAGAAAUCGUAGGAUUGUAAAGACUGUUGUGAUAUUUUUAAGGAUAAGUUAUAUUGAUGAUUAUAGGUAUGAUGGAUUGGGUUGGAAUGAGCUUUAA